AAUCAUCCUCCUUUGAUUUAAAAUGAGUGGAUCGGGCAAAGGUCUACUUGGCUUGUGGUUGUAUAGAAAUGGCUCGGAUUGGGAAGUCAAAAAGGAAGCGCCCCAUCAUCCGAAGCUUGGGGAGAUGCGGCCGCAAACCCACGACCAGCAAGAGGGCGAGAGAAUUUCCGUAAUGUUCACUAUUAAGAAUCAAGUUGGUGGCCUGGUGCGGGUGCUGACGGUAUUCCAAGACCUUGGAAUCAAUGUACUUCAUAUUGAAUCGAGGAAAUCUGCAACCGAAAUGUCCGCUUCUGACAUUCUGGUUGACGUGGAGUGUGAUCCAAGGCUAAUGGAGCAGUUGAAAAGAAUGCUAAAACGGGAAGUUCAAGAUUUCGAGCUGGUUGCCACAAAUACUGGGGAUGAGUUCCCACCACCAACGCCAUUGUCGGCUGCUGCUAGUUUUGAUUUCGGUGAAAUGCCGUGGUUCCCUCGUAAGAUAUCUGAUCUGGACCGGGCUCAGAAUGUUCUAAUGUACGGUUCUGAGCUAGACGCUGAUCAUCCAGGAUUCAAAGACCCCGUUUAUAGAAAGCGUCGUGAACAAUUUGCUGCUAUAGCAAACAACUAUAAAUAUGGACAUCCGAUACCUCGUGUACAAUACACUGAAGUGGAAAUCAAAACUUGGGGUAUUGUGUUUCGUGAGCUGCACAAGCUGUAUCAAAAGCAUGCGUGUGAGGAAUACUUGCAGAACUGGCCUCAGCUUGUCAAAUACUGUGGCUAUAGAGAGGACAAUCUACCUCAGCUGGAAGACGUGAGUGCGUUUUUGAAGCGCAAGACAGGGUUUCAGUUGCGCCCUGUCGCUGGAUAUUUAUCUCCCAGAGAUUUCCUUUCUGGGUUAGCGUUCCGCGUGUUCCAUUGCACGCAAUACAUAAGGCAUUCUUCGGAUCCCUUUUAUACGCCAGAACCCGAUUGCUGUCACGAGCUGCUAGGCCACAUGCCGCUUCUUGCGAAUCCUAGUUUCGCCCAGUUCUCUCAAGAACUAGGUCUGGCAUCACUCGGCGCUUCUGACGAAGAUAUCGACAAAUUAGCUACACUUUACUUCUUCACCGUGGAAUUUGGUCUUUGCCGUCAAGCCGACGGUACAUUCAGAGUAUAUGGUGCUGGUCUACUUUCUUCUGUAGCAGAGCUGAAACAUGCGAUAUCCACUCCCGAUAAGAUCAAGAGGUUUGACCCAGAAGUCACGGUUAACGAAGAAUGCAUCAUCACGGCGUAUCAAAACGCUUACUAUUACACUGACUCUUUUGAAGAGGCUAAAGAAAAGAUGAGGGCAUUCGCGGAGAGCAUUCAGCGUCCUUUCGGUGUCCGCUAUAACCCGUACACUCAAAGCGUGGAGGUGUUGAGCAACGCGCAGAAGAUAACCGCUCUAGUCAGUGAACUGAGAGGCGACAUCUGCAUCGUAUCGUCUGCUAUAAAGAAAAUAUCGGCCCAGGAUUCGACGUUGGAUGUUGAGACUAUCGCGAAUAUGCUUCACACUGGCUUGCAGGUAUCUGAUAGAAGUCCCCAAAGUGCAUCUGGAGGAAGCUCACCUAAUUCUGAGAGGGGUCAAUCACCUCGACCAGAAAACUCUAAGUAAAUCUAUAUUGCAUUUGAAAUCGGGAUUAUCACUAACGGC